AUGGUACCUACUUACUUUGCUCUUGAUAUUGUCUUAAGUUUCAUACGAGAGUUACUUUCCGCCACCAUCCCCGUUGUUAUCGACCAGAUAGUCAACCUUGCAGAGAUCGGGAUCGACCCGAUCUCGUCGCCCGACGCCGUUCGUCGCCGCUCGGAGCACGACCUCGCCGGACGCCAUCGCCGGCCUGCUUCCUCUACGCGCGACGUCCCCAAUCUCCACCUCGCGCCCCGCUGCCACUCCCCUACAGGCCCCGUGAGCACGCCCCGCGCCCCUCCACUCUCUCCCCUGUCUCCCACGCGCUCGCCGCGGCCCGUGCGCACCCGCGCACGCAUCGCCCCGGUGACCUCCACUCGCCCGCGCAUCCCACUGCCGCUGCUCACCCCGCUCCAGCCUCCUCCGCCGUGCGCACGUGCGCUCACCGCGCCCACUCGUGGUUCGGCCAGCCUCCCUCGCUCGACCCUGCCGGCGCCCUGCCUCGUCCUUACCCGCGUCCGCGUCCCACCGCGCGAGCCGCGCCCGCCGCUACCUCCUGCUCGGCUGGCGACGCCCGCGUGUGCUCUCCCGCGUGUGGCCGCGCCCGUUGUCGCCGGCAGCCAGGCCGCCGCGCCCGCCACACUCAUGGCCGCUCGCCCGCCCCGCUCCGACCUUCCCCGCGCGUGCCCGCAGGUGCCGCCCCCCUCUCGCGCCUGCCUUUGCUGUCGCCGCCCGCUGCAGCCAACCGCCGCCGCCGUGCCGACCGCCCCCGCCACUGCUGCCCCGCGCUGCUCCUCCCCCGCUUGGCCUCGCCCGCCGGCCGCCGGCGCCCAGCCACCCGCGGGGCCUGCUACCUUCGCCGCGGCCGGCGCCCUCCCCUGUUCGGCGCCCGGUUGGGUUCGGCCACGCCCAGUCACCCGCACCCGUAUGCCCGUGCCUGCCCCGAUAUGCCCCCUGGGCCUAUGA